UUCUCGUCCAUUUGCUGUAUUUUCCAAACGACCUCUCUACCUGACAGCAAAGCUUUUCCGCUCCUCUCGCAUUUGCCCUCCUCACCUGCUGGAAGCCAGAGGAGACACAUGAGAUCUGCUGCCUUCUUACCUCAGCUGUCUCCAAUGAUCCCAUACACUACACGGACCAGAUCGUGUGGGUGCUUUGAAGAGCCAGUUGUUCAGAGUCAAAGAGUUUCAUCCAAAUCUCUGAUAUUUGCACCGACAAGUUCAGCAUCAGCAUACAUGAACUGCCAUAAGGAUUCAAAUUCUUGUUCACCUGCAGGCCAAAGAGAUUCCCAGUGCCCUGUGUGCCUCCAGGCUCCAUCUUUCCCUGUGAACACAAACUGUGGCCAUUUAUUCUGUGCUCCCUGUCUGAUCACGUACUGGAGACAUGGCUCAUGGUUGGAUGCAAUCAGCUGUCCUCUUUGCAGACAGAAGGUCAGUAUGCUGUGUCACUUAUUCAGUGAAAGCAGAUCGGAUCAGCAGUCAAAAGAAGUUCUAGGAGAAAUUACAAACUACAACAGACGAUACUCGGGAGCGCCAAGAACAAUAUCAGACUACCUGUGUGAUGCUCCUCUCCUACUGCAGCUAUUAGCUCGGUGUUUGGGCACCAUGGGAGGCUUAUUGGGGUUGUUUUUCUUCCGGGUUAUAUUAUGCUGUAUUGGAACAGUUGUGUCCAUCACCUCCUCUUCUCCAGACCCUAUCCUGUCCUCCUCUGCCCCAUCCAACCCCUCCCUGCGUGGACUGCUGGGCGCCCUAGAUGAUCUAGUGGUGGUCAUCCUGUUACUGAUCUGUGUAAUUAACGUGAACCAGCAGAUGGUGCCACAGAGAGGACAGAGUGCAAAUGUAGCAACAACUCGCAGAGUCAUUGGGAACUCCCUUUAGUUUGUGAUCUGUAAUAAGUUUUGACUUCCAUACAUUUUUAAGUGGUAUGAGUUGAGUUUGCUACAGUGUUUACAACAACCAGAGAAAAUAUAACAUUAU